AUGUCUUGUUGGUCAAUUAAUUCUCAAGUUUUCACUGUAAAUGAGGGAGAAUUUGAUGCGUACAAUAUUUAUGAACUUGAUACAGAAUCAUAUGACCAACAUAAAGUUAUUUUUGAAAACUUAAAACCAUUAAUUUCAAAAUAUUCAAGUAAUUCAUUAACAAAAGAAGAUAUUGGCAAAGCCAUUAUCAAAAUUAAAGAAUAUGAUACAUUUGAAGAAGGAAAUGAUCUUAAACAAAAAGUUUAUGCAUUUUUAGAAUUACUAAACUACAAAGACAAAGCAAUCACAAGAAAAGAAUUAAUUGAUAGCUUGUACCCUAACACAGAUAAUAACAUUGAUUCAUCUGAUAUAUUUAGUUUACUCGAACAAUUACUUCUUUUACGCGAUGUUCCUAAUGAAGAAGAUCCAGAGAGUGCAGAAGGAUACAUCAAUUUCAAUGAUCAUUACUUGAGACAAGGUGGAAGUGAGAAAGUCGCUGAUAUUCUUACAAGAUUUUACGAAUAUCAAAAUGUCGAAGAUUUUAGACAGAAAUUGGUCUCCUUACAGAAGACAAAAAUACAAGAAUUUGAUGAUAGAGUUAUUAAUUACAUCAUUGGCAUUAUAGAUCGCGAAGAAUGCCAAAAUCAAAAAGAUUUUAUCAAAACGAUCAUUGUUAAAGCUGCUUUCUCAGGUAUUUCUAUUACAGCUGACUUAAUCAUGGGCGUUGCUUCCAAACUCGGUACUCCAAAGUAUGAAAAUGAUGAACAAACAACAGAACUCUUAUAUGCAUAUUUGUUACAAGGAAAAUUCAAUGAAUUCGCUUCACAUUUCUAUGAUAUGACCAAUGAUUUUACCUCUGAAUUCACUUUUGUCAUUUUCUUGAAAUUUAUCUUGUCAUUAUACAAAGAAACCAAAUUCGACGAAGACGAAUCGAUUACUUCUAUUGUCAUACGCAGAUACUGCCAAUAUAUUGCUUCAAUUGAAGAACUUAUCGAUUAUAUUCCAACAUAUUUCGGAAUUCUCAAGAAUGGAACAAAGAAUCAGGUUUUCCAAGCCUUGAAUCCUGAUAUCCAGCAUCAUUACUGCUCAAAUAGUACAAUGGCAAGCUCAGGAAACGGAAUUCUUGAUUUAAUUUCAAUUGCGCUCAAAUCUAACCCCAUUUCCUAUGAUAAGAUAUUCACAGAACUCAACAGGCAAGAGACUCUACUCCUUACUGACAAAAUUUUGGAAAAUAUUAUUUUGAAUCUUCUAAAAUUGCCAGAAUUUCCGGCCAAUAAGCUUAAUCCUGAGAUCCUCAUUAAGCUUAUCGAUGUUGCGAAUCGCCAAAUUGAUCAUUGCACUGACAAACAAAUAGUUACACAAUUACGCAAAUUCCUCUCCAAAUUUAUGAAUCAGUCACUGGAGAAAAUCGUUAAGGAUGGAAAAAUACCAGUGUAUCCAAUAUCAUGUUUCCCAGAAUGA